UUCGCGCGGCGGCUGAAGACAGCGGCGGCCUCUAGCGAUCAUCGCUGCACCCGCUGUCAACCGGCUUCGCUCGACUACGCGCGAGCGUCGACGGUCGCCGUCUGUUGUGGCUGAGCGUGUGUCGGUGUGUCUGACGUAACCUAGUGUUUCGUGUGUGGGAUGACAGAACGAUGGCACACGGUGAUAUAAAGAAGCCACGAUGAAGAGGAACGAGAGCGGAGUCUCCCGCUUCGGAUCGUUCUUUCGCCGGCGGACGCUGCGGCGGGUUCGAGACAGCACCGACAACGACUCGGACGCCGAGAUUCCGCUGGUGCCGUCUCCGCCGUUGGUGCGCCAGUCGUCCGUUCAGCGGCAGACCAGCGCGGUCGACGACGAUGCUUCGACGCAGCGGUACCUGCUGUCCCGGGGCGGCAUCCGCUUCUGGAAGAACUUCGCCUACGAGGCGGAGGCGCGGCCGUACAUCCGCGUCCGGCACGACAUCGACCCGGACCAGGUGAGCGGCGUGCUGGUCCAGGAGUGGCUGUUCUCGGCGCCGCGCAUCGCCCUGGUGCUCAUCUCGCACGUGGGCCCGCUGGGCGACUGGGCGGACGCGAGGCGGCUCGAGGGCUUCCGGCGCGGACUGCUGCGCGCCGCCAACGCGACGCCCAUGUGGCUGCUCACCAACGGCUUCAACACGGGGCUCGCCAAGCUGGUCGGCGACGCCGUGAGCCACGAGCUUCGCCGGCGGCAGGCGCUGCGAUGCCACAAGCACCCGAACCGCACCCGCGCGACCCUGCCGCCGCUGCGGCUGGUGGGCAUCGUGCGCGAGGACAUGCUCGUCAACGCCGACCUGCUCGACGGACGGCAGGCCGACGUUCAGCUCGAGAACGAGGGCAACCGGCCAGAAGAAGGCAAGUUCGAGCUGAACCCGGACCACUCCAACUACGUGCUCGUGCGGGACGAGACGGUCAACCGCACGGGGCUCAACCACUUCGUGCUGCGCCUCGAGCAACGGCUCAUCAACCUCUCCGACCACGCGCCUGCAGCGGCGUCCUCUGGCGGCGGCGACAAGGAGGGCGGUGGCGCCGAGCUUCCGCUCAUCGCGUUGCUCGUGUCCGGGGGCGACGGCUGCGCCCGGCUGGUGCUGGAGCACCUCAAGCGACAGCUGCCCGUGGUGGUGUUCGAGGGCAGCGGGGGACUCGCCGACCUGCUCGCGUUCGCCUACCGGGAGAGCCAGCGAAGGAGUCCCGCCGUGUGGGACCCCGAGUUCGUGGAGAACUUCAUGAAACCCGAGCUGGCCUCGAUGCUGUGCCUGAUGUACCCGGCGUACCGGGACAACGCCCUGGCCCGGAACCUGCUGCGCGACCGCAUCGUCGAGUGCGCCCGGCUCUCCUGUCAGUCUCACUGCCUGACGCUCGUCGACAUCCGAAGCCGCUCCUGCGACCUGACGCGCCUCGACGAGAUCCUGCUCAACGCAUUCUUUAAAGCCCAAAGGCCCGAAAGGGUCUUGCGCUUCAAUCAAAUGAAGAAGGACCUUUUGCUCACCAUCGACUGGAACUGCCCUGAUGUGGCGAUGUCACAAGUCUUCUUGAAGGAUCCGUCUUGUAAAUUCCAGGUGGACCGAGACAUCUUCGAGGAGGCCCUGAUUCGUCCGGACCGCGAAGAGUUCGUGCAUAUCUUCCUGGCGCGGGGAUUCCGCGUCCACAAAUACCUGACGCCCAGGCGGCUGAAGCAGCUCUUCAAGAAAGUCCAGGGAGAGCAGUUCUUCCGCUCGGUCUGCUGGGAGGGCGCCCUGGGACGCAGCCCAUUCUCCAAGCUGGGCAAGCACUUUGUUGACACCGAGCUCAACUGGCUGAUCGAGACACUGACAGGCCUGCACAACUUCGUGGACAGCCAGGAACUGUCCAUGAACGCGGCGGGUAUCUACACCCUGGACCCCAGCGCGGCCGAGCGCAAGGCCCUGGCUCUGCUGGCGCUGUGGUGCGCGUUUACGCAGCGCACCGCGCUGGGCAAGCGCCUGUGGCAGUGCUGCGACCAGCCCAUCCACCUGGCGCUGCUGGUGUCCAUGACGUACGGACGGCUGGCCAACCUCGUGCACGAGGGCAACACCAAGAAGGACCUGUCGGACGCCUGCGAGGAGUUUGCGAGCAUGGCGACGGGGGUUCUGGACUGCAGCUACCAGGAGGCCACAUGCCGCGCCUACGACGUUCUGAGUGAGGAGAACCCGGACUGGGGCCACCGCACCGCCGUUGACAUCGCGGCACAGGCGAACAACCACAAGUUCCUGGCACACCCGUGCUGCCAGCGCUGGAUCACCAACCUCUUUAUGGGCCGCAUCAGUGUGCGAGACCUCACAUGGGGACCCCUGGCAGUACCCAUGUGGCUCAAGAUCAUCUUAUGUGCUUUUCUAGUUUUCCCGAUGUACGUGUGGGUCCGCUUUAAGUCAGAUCCUCAUGAAAUGGAGUACAAGGAAGAGCCUGACGUCGAAGAAGAGAAAGAUGACCGGGAAGGGGAUGAGGAUGCCCUCUUGCAGGACGGGACUCGAGCCAUCGACAUGCCAUCGCAGCAACAGCAAGAUUCACUGCCGGGGCUGACGUCGGAAACGAAGGUGUCCUUCCAGCCCGAGGUGGUUACGACGCUACUGCGUGAGCGGGAGCUGUUUGUGCCGUCGCCUCCGCCGCUCUGGAACAUGGUCUAUCAGAUGUGGAGUGCGCCCAUCACUAAGUUCUGGACAUUUCAGAUCUUCUACAUUGUAUACCUGGCACUGUUCAGCGUGGCCGUGCUAUUGCCUUCGUGUGGCAAUCGGUAUGUGGACAUGGCUGUGUGUGCCUGGACCGCCCUCAUCGCGCUAGAGUCGGCCAGGAGGACAUACGUGCUGCACAAGAGAUACCAAGACGUGCCCAUGUUCCUCCGCUGCAUGGAGGUGCUGCUCAUUGCGGCCUUCGUGGCUCUGUACGUUGUGGCCAGAGUGCUUGGCCCAACUCCCAUCUUCAGCCCGUACAGCGUCAAGGUGGUGCUGUGUGCCGCACUGCUUGGAUUCUACUACCGGCAGAUUGUCAUAUACCUGCCCAUAUCACCCACCCUAGGCCCGCUGCUCUACAAAGUGCGCCUCAUGGUGGCCGAUGACUUUGUGAACUUCAUGCGCAUGGCGCUGCUGGUGAUCAUCAGCGGCGGCAUUGUGGCGCAUGCCCUGCUCUACCCGGACUACCCGUUUAACCUGGAGCUGCUCAGGAGAACCUUUCACCGCGCAUGGUUCUCCCUCUUUCUCACGCCCAUCUCUGACCUUGAAGGGGAUCCACGCUGCUUUCGGCUGAGAGCUGCUGCCAAUCGCUCAGCAGAGGAGUGCCGAAUCAGCGAGUACACUGACUACACCUGCAGCAACCCGGGGGUGUGGCCUUACAUCUUUGUCAUACAGUUCCUUGUUCUUCUGAAGUUGGUCUUGCUGACACUUCUCUACGCUCUCUUCAGUCACACGGCGCAGAAGAUCGAGUCAGCGUCCGACGACAUCUGGAAGUUCCAGCGGUACAAGCUGGUCGUGGACUUCAUGAACCGGCUGUGCCUGCCACCCCCGUUUAACGUGUUCAGCUACAUCAUCGCUCUCCUGCAGUUCCUCUGGCGUCUGCUCACCUGCCACUUCUGCCGAACCACACACCAGCUGGAUGGCCAUGCUGAGCUGGCUAAGUCACAACUGCGGCUCUCUGAGAAGGACUACAACUACUGGAAACACCUGGCAUCACAGUACAGCCAAAGGCAGAGUGAGGAACGUGACCUUGAGGAGAAGAAGAAGAAGCAGCUUGAAAGCUUGUCAUUCUUUCUUGAAGAUAUGGACUAUCAGCGGCGUGCCCUCAGCCUUCUCAAGGGCCAGAUUCAAGAACUGCAGAGGACGGUCGGCAAAUCAUUUUCCUAUCUGCAGACACUCAAGAAUGCGACAGACCGGCCUGGCGAGAUGGGUGGUGCGCUGCCAGGUGCUGUGCACGUGCUGUCUCGCCGGAGCCCAUACCCAAGCACGCGUGUCCUCCGCUACCCGGUGCCCGACAAGUACGUCGCAUGGCAGGUAUUGUGGCUGGAGUAUGACCCUGUGGCCUAUAGCCGGCCACGCACCGACUUCCCCGCACACCUGCAGCCUCACGUCGAUGAGGACAUUCUAGGGCUGAAACUCGCUUCUGAUGGCGGCCCCGUACCAAGCUUUGCUUGGAACUCGGUGUCCAUAAGCCCUGCAGGCGUCAGCAUCAACCGCCAAUCGUGGAUUCGCGAUACAGAUGGCUUACCGAUCAUCUAUCGUCUUGAUGCGCAGGGAAUGCCCAUGAAUCCCAUUGGCAGGACGGGACUGCGAGGACGUGGAGCUCUGCCACGUUGGGGCCCAAACCAUUACGUGCUUUUCAUUAUCACCAGGUGGCAGAGGGCCAAGGUGCACUUGGUUGGAGGCAGGGGCCUUGAGGUGGUUCUUAUGCGCGUCUUCCGGACUGACCACUUUAGCCUUCCAGGGGACUUCGUACCUGGAGAGGGAAAAUAUGAGACACUGAAGUUGCUGUUCAAGCCAGAGACAGUGCUCAAGUGCGAGACUGAAGAUGACAUUAAGGAGUUUUUCCGGAGCUCCCACAUGGAAGAAGAAGGCACAGACGAGCCGAUGGUCGAGUGCAGGCAGCGUGGCUACAUGGAUGACCCCAUGAAUACAGAUCACUGCUGGCGCGAGAUUGAGCUGUGGAACAUCCACUACGAUGGUACAGAGAACCUGCAGGACAAGAUGCAGAACCACCUGCUAUGGCGGCUUGUCACGGAAGAUCUGUUUACAAAGCUGCCGCUCGGGCAGUCAGUCCUGCUGCAUGAAGUGACCAAGUCUCUUCAAGCAAGCAUCAUUUAACCUGACUGCUGUCACUAGCGUCCCGGUGCCUGACCUUGAGGACCAUGACUCCUGGCUGUGAUCAUUACUACCUGUACGAACGACCCUGUGGGUCUCUUGUUGCACUCGUGUUCUACACUGUGACAACAUUUUCUCAUACUUUAGAGAUAGGGAAGCUCUGCAGUGAUGCCAUGCAUUGUUGGGUGUGCUUUGUUUGCUUGGAAGAAUAUUUAAUGCCUGUUAUAUCUUUUGACAGGUGUGCUCAAGGACGUGCCCCGCUCUUGUGCUGUAACUUAAUGUGAUACGUUUCUUGUUAUUGUUUUACGUUUACACUGAGGCAUUGAGGUAUAAUUUUGGUACAGAAUAGUAUAGCAUUGCUGUAUGGCAGGCUAUUUUCUGUGCAUCUAUUUACACAUGUGAUAUGCACUUUAAGCGAUGCUAAUGCCGCUGCAACUUAAAUGUGAGCACACAGACUUGCACGUACUGGAAAAUGAGCAGUGUUGCAUCUUCUGCUUAGUGUGCUCCAAACUUUUCUGUUUUGUAGAAUCUAGGCUCGCUACGUAUUCAUAAUUUAUAGAGGACCAGCGCAUGUAGAUAGGCGAUAAUAAUCAAUAUUAACAUAUUUUCAUCCUACAUUUUGGGCAUAGACAUGUGCUGAGAUCAGCAUAUGCGUAUUGUGUGACAGUAACUCCCUCUGUUAUAUUUUUAGCAUUUGUGAGUCUUACAUAACCAUUGCUUCCAUAGAAGUGUAUAUUCGCAUGUGUGUGUCACGCAGUGAGCAUUUGUUCACCACAUGUGUUGACAUCCUGUCCAUUGCCUCAGGGUUAUGUUGUUAGUGUUGGUAGGGUUACCAAUGUGGUAAAACUUCAAAAUAUGUACUUAGCUGUCUAUAGCUUUUACGUUUCUUCUUGCUUUUUCUACAAAGACUUGCAGACUUGUUACGAAUUGAGUUUUACAUGUGCACAAGGAGUGACACCUUGGGUUACGUUGUUGAUGGCUUGGGAAUAUCAUUGGUUAGAAAUACGUGCUGUGUCAUAGUGAGCAACAGUUGGCAAAGAAGAAAAGCCUCAGCCUUCACUUUAUCUCCAUUUUUCUGUGUCCCUUUUGUCUUGUGCUGUAUCAUAAUACGCCUUGAUAGCUGCUCAUGGGGAUUGAACGCUGCUUGAAGGCAGUGAAAUUAUUUUCUUAGAUUGUUCGCAUGCCAAGGACACAUUCAUCGCCAAGCGAAAUGUUUCAGAAAAUUUUAGCUUAAUCCAGGUAUCAAGCUCUUGAAGUCUAUGGUGAAGUGAGGAAAAUUCGAAGGCAACCAAAUACUUAUGACGCUUCUGAAAUGUCUGAACCAAGUAAGCAAAAUUAUGCAUGUGUGAUCUCGUGAAAAAGUGCACAUAGUUUGGAAUUUUUGAAGACACAACGAAAAGUAGAUAGUGGCGUUGUGUUAUCCUUUGGAGAAGGGACAUCUGCAGGUAGCAAAGAAAGGCUGGGCUACUUCAUACUCGCAGAGAAAAUAAAAGCAGAGGACAACAAUGAAAACAGCAUGAUAAUGGCAUAGCUUCAUCACACUUAUUUGUGAUGACAUUGCAAUUGCUUAGUUGCAAUUGCUCUUGUAUGUAGCUCUUCCGGUCAUCAAAGUUUCACUUUUUAAUUAUGCAAACAGCUUAAUUACCACUGCCAUAGUGAUGCUUCACUAAUUGUUUUGCACGUACUGGCGCUGCCUUUUUGAAAUCGACUGUCCCGUUGGAAAUUUAUCACUUGGGGCUUCUCUUGUGUUGUUAUUUGCAUAACUUUGGCAUUAGUCAUUGCUUUCCUUUUUGUUAUCUUAGUGUUAUCGAAGGGUCGACCCUCUCAUUGUCCCUGCUUCUCUCUUAAGCUGUAAGGAAGAAGAUUUUAUGCAUGAUUUCUUUCUGUGCAAACUGGGAAACACUGUCAUGGUCACGUUAUCACUGCUCUAAUUGGGUUACGCAAAAAUAAAUACUAUUUGGGGAAUUAGCUAUAUUUAUUUAAUUUGAAAGGCACUUCGGCCCUGACCCUGUGUGCUUCUGGCAUGUCCAAUCCCAUUGCUAAGAUUAGAAUACACAGAAGUGCAUUCACAAUGUUAUAAAUUUGGACAUGUUGGAUUAUCUGGACAGCUUUGUGACACCACUGCCACUCACCUCAUAGCCCUGGCUGUGGAAUAAAGCAUAUCUUUAAGAUGCACAAUUUUGUAGGAAAAAGAAAAGAAAGUAAGACGGGUGUUAGGAAAGCAAGCGACGUGGGUACGUAAGGUACAUUCCCGGAAUGCAAACCGGGUGGACAUUGUUCUGAGCAGAAACAAUUGGCAAGCCAGGAAGGAAGGGUGAACAAAAAUGCUUCUGGUGACACCACAUAGAUGCGCCCGCGUCAUGUUAUCAUGACGUCACACUUUAUUGUAUGGGUUCUGAUAACUGGUUAAUUUUUUUUUAAUAGAACAGGAUGAUCUUACACUGAAAAGUAUGCGAAUACAACAACUCUCUGACAUCUUAAUGACAUCACAGACACAACAUUGGAUAAGGAAAAUUUGGCAUUAACAUUUCUCAAUAGACAGUCGCAGAAACAGCAUCGAGUGAGAGGAAAUUACCUCAGUAGAAGACAUUUGUUAGAAUAAGGAACAACCGAAAUGUCUUAACAUUACCUUGGAUCAGCAGUGUGUCUGUAAGUAUUAUGACCUUCCCCGACCAGAUGGGACUUCAUCAGGCCCACAAUUUUAGUCAGCCUUUCUCUCCUGAGUAAAUGGCAGCAGUUAUUACAAAGCCUUUAAUGUAUGUUCUACAAGUCAAAACUAAUGCUUGUUCUUUAAUGGCUCCCUAUAAUUCCUGCCCUUUGUGUUUCCAGCGCAUGGAGAUAGCAGAUUACUUUCAGUAGUCUAAAAAGAGUGCUUUUUAAGCAGUUGCCUCAAAUUUAUUGUCCUAUUAAGAUGUCAAAUAAUUUAAUUGAGCUGGAAACGCUGCACUUGCACCACAGACACUGCACUGCUGCCCCAGUGCAGCACCCGAAUGCAGCUAGCUAUUCUGUGGCACGAUUCAACGGUACUACUGAGACACAGGACGUCGACAUGACAUCACUGCCCAUGAAAGUCAUCUUAACUGAAACAAAGCGCUGUAGUGAUAAUUUUUUUUUCUCGCAAUACUGCUACAGAUGUUUAUUGUGCUGGUUGCUGUUAGAAUCCGUCAUGCCACUCUCCAACCAGCAGAAAUGCAUGUCAAACCACAUUCCUACGUAUAGUUUGGGAAGCUAAUUGGCUAACGAGAUGCAAUGUUUGCACGUCAUGCAUCGCAUUUCCACACCUGUACUUCCCGCCAAAGCUGUCCAUCCACAAGUGUCUGCAACAGUCAUCACCGUCGUGUUGCGUAUGAUGCUCAUUUGGCUGUCCAGGUGUGUCUUGUCUCCAAAAACAAAUUGGUAUCAUGUAUCAUGAUCAUGUAAUAUGAUGAUGAUAAAACAAAAUGUGAGAAGAGCUCUAUAUAAAGACACUGCUACCGAACCUGGUACCUUUCCCUUUGAAAGGUUGCCUUCUAGCCAACGUCUUCACGACAGCAUCUUUAUUAAUAUCUUUAGCUGGAAAACCACAAGCAGUAAAAGCAACAGUAGCUCAUGAGCACCCAAUGUGACAUGUGCCACAGUGCACAAGACAGGAUGCAAGACACUCAUAAACCAAUACUGACAGAAGGGAAGGGAAAGAAGUAGAGUUGGUGGUUGCAGUGUAAGAAGAGCGUCGACGCAUCGACCUGACGAAGCUUGCCUGCACCGUACGAUGACAGCACUUUGGCUUUGUCGUGUUGUUUGCCCAGAACUUUUUGACAUUAAUGUCAUUAGGCAUGUCAUUAGACGUGUCGUCAGCCUGUAGCUUAAUAGAGGUUUACUGUCUGAUGUACUGCUCCUGAACCAUUUUUAAUGGUUCUGUCUCGAAAGUGUUUGGGACGGUAUCAGAAGUCCCAGCAGAUCGAAGGUAGGUGAGCACUGUUUACCUGCACAAAUACAUAAUGCCAAUCAGUCUUUCACAUUUUGCACACUCAGGUUGCCGAUGCAGAAUGCUGUCGAAUCGUGGCUCGCUUGAAUUGUUAUUUAGGUACGAUGCCAAAGAUUAAUGUUUUUUUUUUCUGAGUGUGUAUCAAUACAUAUGUACGGUACUUUUAACCAUUUCAUGCAGUACUUCACAUCACUAAAACAUGCUUGCCCCGCAUUUGGAACUACAGUGAUCACACUUAUUGUUUUGUGCGUCAGCAUAGCGUUUUUCUGUGUGCAACUUGACCUGCACCAAAGGAGUGAACUGUUUGUUGUAUGGCAACUGGUUCGGUUUAUUUGGAAGUAACCCAUUCAGUGCAUUCAUGCGCAAGGCACUUUCGGAUUUACAGGCUAGAUGUGUUCUCAAAAAUACUAAACAAAGAAAAAAAACCAAGGACACCUUGCAGAAAACUGCCACUUUUGUCUUUAUGCCAAAAUAUUCAGCAUGAAUAAAUAUUUCUCGAGUGUGCUUACCCCAUUCCCAAGACUAGAAGUCCCAGAAUUUUUUAACUAAGUGUUAUAUCCACAUACAACUCGAAAAUGCUAGUGUUGGCUUUGAGUGCCCCUGCAGGCAUCAAUUUUCAACCGAAUAAUGCCCAUUGCAGUUGAAUUUAGAUGAUAUGAUGGGGUGAAUCUGAAUUGCAGGGUGAUACGUAUUUCGAAGGUGUUCAGACUGGAUUGCAUGAGUACAAUGUGUUCCGACUAGAAUGCUGGCUUAUGCAGUUGUGGACGCUACUUAUUGCUGAUGUGCUCCGAGAUUUGUCGGAACUCUAGGGAGUACAGCUAUGACGUACAGCUUUGAAUUCAGUAUAUGGUAUUUCAUGAUUCUAGCAGAGACCAGUAUACCUGAAAAUUGCGGACUGCAGUGUGUAGUGAGUGAGCACCAGCAAAGCUUAGGUGCAUGAAGAAAUAAGCACUAGUUGUAUACAUUUCAGAAGGGCCUCCUCAACAGCAUUGAGGAAAGAAAGAUAGAUAUGCAUCAAAGAAAAUAAUCAUAAGAACUAUUCAACAUAGAUAAUCUUCACAUUUGGGCUUUUAUAGCAGCUUGUUAAAGAAAAUACAAAUUUCAAAUCAAUUAUUUUUUUAGGUUGCUAGAAAUUUGUAUGAUCACAAUUCUGUAAUUCCUGGGAAUAUAUAGUUGCUGCUGCAUGCAAAUUUUUGUCAUAUUGAACGGUAUGUUUUGUCAUUGCAGUGGUUUGCAGUCUUUCAUCACAAUAUCAUCACAGUUUGUUAUUUUGUUAUACACUGUAUUAUGCAAAUGAUGUUGUUAAUAAUCCCACGAUAUAUGUUCUUGGUGGUUUCAAGUGUGGUCUGUGUUCUGUGGGCAGAAUGUGCCUCAAAGGGGAAUAGGGGGAGAGAAAUGAGCAUAUUUAAGCUCUGGAAAACAACUGUCAGGACCAGAACUUUUCUAGAUCCUGACUCGUAGACUACUCUGUGCAUCAAACUUAAAAGGAGAAAAAAGUGGUGGUAAUUUGUGUGAAAUUUUCACUGCAGUGAUAUUCCCUUGUUGUUUUUGCAUGUUUUAAAUCAAUAGCAGGUGACGAUGAAGCAAUUUUGUAGUUUUUGUCUUAAGUACUGUGUGCGUUACUGUCUGGUAGGAAUUUUUUAUGGCAUGUAUGGAAGCUACAUCUUGUGUAUAAUGUGAAUGCAAAGAUCUGACUCGUUUUCUCACAACCAAAUGACCUUUCAUUAUUUUAUAUGAGCACAAUAGUGAAGCCAUGGCUUGAUUACUUAAGUACUGUGUGAAGAGCUGUGGGAGAUUUUUGACACGUUUAACUGCCCGAGUGCAAAAUGGCGUUCAUCACCUUUGUUGAUCUACUUCUUUUUGUUCACUUUUCACGCAUUUGCUUUACAUGGCUAUUCAUCUUUUUUUCCGUUUUGUCAUAUACAGACAUUGUGCUUGUUAUCACUUGCAUGUUUACAUUUUUAAUAAACAAGCAAGAAACUUGAA